AUGGGGGACGUCCAUGAGGUGCCGCGGCCGCGCAUCGCCACCGGCCAGCUGGCGCAGCACAUCGGGCAGCCCGUCUGCUUCGUGGGCCGCGUCGAGAAGAUUCAUCCUACUGGGAAGCUUUUCGUGCUUUCGGAUGGAGAAGGAAAGCAUACGACUGUGGAGCUGAGCGAACCUCUAGAUGAAGAGAUCUCAGGAGUUCUUGAAGUAGUGGGAAGAGUAACAAAUCAAGCAACCAUCAUGUGCAUGUCAUAUGUCCAGUUCAGAGAAGAUAAAAGUCCAUUUGAUCUGGAGCUCUACAAUGAAGCACUAAAAAUUAUUCAUGAAUUCCCUGAAUACUUCCCGUUUGGUACUGGGAGGAACAAUUGAUUUUUCUUAGCAUAUAUUUAGAGCUUCAGAGGGCACAACAGUACCGUAGCUUUCUUGCCUGACAGCAUGAUAACAGUUGAAUUUAUUUCCAACAAAUACACUGAAAAGAUGCUGUUACGUGUGCCAUGGAUUGCCAGUGAAGAAUGUUUUCUUUGAAAAUGUAUUUAUUCAGUAAGAAGGAGAACACUUCUGUGGAUAUCUCACUCUCUGUAUAUACAGUGUAUAUUUAACGCUUUUGCAUCCACGAGGAGUGUUCCGUUGCAGGAUUGGACUUGCUAGAAACUGAAGUUUUGUAGGCAUCUUUUUGUUGUUGGUAGAGGUUCUAGGAUACUUUGCAGGAAACUUGUAUUGAAGACAUUUGGUGGGGUUUUAAUGUAAAGAUUUUUUUAUUUCAUUUGCUUUGAUACAAAUUUAUUGAACAUGGGGAGGUAUUUUGCAUCUUGAAAAUGGUCUCUUCUCCAAUAAAAAGGAUCUGACGACA